AUGGCGACCACCACCAACGAUGCUCAAAAAGCUUACUACAAUGCUAAACCACCUAUCUUCGAUGGAGAAAAGUUUGAUUACUGGAAAGAUAGAAUCGAAAGUUUCUUUCUUGGCUUUGACGCUGAUCUUUGGGAUCAUAUUGUUGAUGGCUAUACAUGUCCAGUUGAUGAAGCUGGAGUGAAUAUUCAAAGAGAUAAGAUGACUGAUCUUCAAAAGAAAAUGUACAAGGAUCAUCACAGAGCAAGAACUAUCUUGCUGAGUGUUAUCUCAUAUGAUGAAUAUGAGAAGAUCACUGAUCGUGAUUAUGCAAAUGCUAUCUUUGAUUCUUUGAAGAUAUUCCAGAUGAUCAUUGUUGGGAUUAGAGUUCUUGACAAAGGCUACACCACUCCUUACCAUGUAAAGAGGAUUCUCACAGGCCUUCCUGAGAAGUGGAUGCCCUUGGUGACGUCUUUGAAGUUGUCCAGAGAUAUCAACAAGAUGAGUUUGGAAGAACUUAUCAGCAUUCUGAAGAGCCAUGAGAUAGAUCGUGCUGAUCAUGUGAUCCAGAAGAAGCAGAAAUCCAUAGCUCCGAAGUCAAAAUUUGAGAAGGCCAAGGCGCUUCAAGCUGAACAACAAAGGCAGAGCAAGUACAAAGGAUCAUCAAAAGCCAAAGGAAAACAAAAGUCUUCAUCUGGUCAACGCAAGUCAUCAUCAAGAGAGGUUACAUGCUCUGAAUGCAAGGAGCCAGGACAUUACAAGAACUCAAAAGAAGUGGACUCUGAUGGUGAAGUUGUUGAUGGACUCAUGGCCAGUGUAAAAUACAAGGAAGCAGAGUCAAAAGCUGAAUCAGAUGUGGAUCCAACAUCAGAAGCUGAUUCAGACUCUAAAGACGAAAAUGAGGUAUUCGCAUCUUCUUCAUUGUCUGAUCUUAAAUCUGCCUUAGCUGAAAUUAUGAGGAAACAUGAUUCUCUUCUGACUAAGCAUAAAAAGUUGAAAAAGGAUUUUCUUGCCACUUUUGAGGUAUCUGCUAAGAAUGAGAAAACCAUUUCAGAAUUAAAUGAAAACAAUUUCUCCUUAGUUAAUUCUUACUCUGUUCUUAAAAAUCAAAUUUCUAAGUUAGAAGAAGUUAUUGCAUCUAGUACUUCUGAUGAUAAAAAUGAAACCAAAUAUGAAAAAUCUUUUCAGAGGUUCCUAUCUAAAAGCGUAGAUAGAAGUUUAAUGGAAUGA